AUAUUAUAACACUUUUAAUCCAUCAUAUUCCAAGAUGGCAAUUCUACUCGUUCUCCAUGGACCCUGCGAGGAUCCCCGCCAUGGGGAUGGGGCGGAGAGGAAUAUUCCUCUUCGCGGGCUAUUGUCGAAGCUUGUUGUCGAAUCCAUCUCCUUUGUUGUUGCUGAAGCCAUCUACUCUGCUAUUGCCGGAUCCAUCUGCUCUGCUGCUACUGCCGAAGACAUCUACAUCUGCUUUGUUGCUACUGUUGUUGCCGCAGACAUCUACUCUGUUGCUACCGUUGUUGCCGCAGACAUCUUCUCUGCUGCUGCUGCUGCUGUCGAAGACAUCUGCUCUAUUACUGCUACUGCUGCCAAAGCCAUCUGCUCUGCUACUGUUGGAUGCAUCUGCUUUGCUGCUGCCGAAUCCAUCUGUUUUGCUGCUAUCGGAUCCAUCUACUCUGUUGUUGUUGCUGCCGCUAGAGCGAUCUGCUGCUACUACCUAAGCCAUCUGCUGCUGUUGCCAGAGCCAUUUGAAAUUAAUUGGUGGGGAAUGGGGAUCCCCAUUCCCUGCAGGAAACAGGGAUGGGGGGCAAAACUGCCCCCCAUCAAAAAUCCCCGUGGGGAUCCUUGUCCCUGUGAUUUGCGGGGACGGGGAUGAGGAGGGGCUCCUCAGCCCUGCGAGAUUUCGUUGA